CGUCUUCUUCUUCUUCUUCUUCUUCUUCUUGUCAUCCUCCUCCUCCUCCUCCUCAUCAUCAUCCUCACAAUGGCAUCACUUCGCAGUGGUCCCAUCGCUCCAGGCAUCGCCUUCGUGACCGGAGGUGCUCGUGGCCUGGGCAAUGCCAUAGCUGUCUCGUUUGCCAGGGAAGGCUCCAAAGGUAUAGCCCUGGUCGACAUCCAGGACGAGAAGACGUUUGAGCAGGGCAAGGCCGCUGUGACCAAAUAUGGCACCAAGUGCAUUACCAUUCACGCCGAUGUGACCAAAGAGGAUCAAGUGGAGAGAGCCAUUGCUGAGGCUGUCAAGGAAUUCGGCCGAAUCGACUAUGCUGCAAACUUUGCUGGCAUCCUAGGACCUGUUACACCUGCGACAGAAACUCCCCUCGAGUCUUGGAAAAACCUCAUGGACGUCAACCUAAUGGGAGUAUGGCUCUGUGUCAAGCAUCAACUCAAACAAAUGAUGCAGCAGAAUUCCGUCGACGUGGAAGAAGGCAGAGUGCCACAACUGGGCUCCAUCGUCAACGCUGCAUCUGUCAUGUCGAUCCAGGGCAGCGCCGGCACAGGUGCGUAUACUGCUGCCAAGCACGGCGUCGUAGGCAUCACAAAAUCAGCCGCUCUGGAAGCUCGCGAGCACAAUAUCAGAGUGAAUGCCGUAUCACCAGGAUUUUUGAUGACAGACCUUCUCAAGCCAUUUCUUGCAGCAGGCAAAAUUCCAGCAGACUCGUGGCCUCAUUAUGAAGCUCGACAGGGUCGAUCGGCCUCUUUUGAUGAGGUGGGAGAUGUGGUCGUCUUGCUCAGUACACCUCGUAUGAGUCUGGUCAAUGGCCACAAUUUAGUCAUUGAUGGUGGCUUUACGAUUAAUGGAGCUGCUUAGAAUGGAGUCAUUUCGUGUUAAUUGCACUGCCUCGUUUUGAAGAGACACACGUGACUCUUGUGUGUAGAGUAGAACUUGGGCAUUCUAGAUCUUAUAACAAACAACAUUCUCAUCCCCUCGUCAUCAACAAGCCUCUGUGAAUGAAUCUUUUCUCGACUCCAUGUCUCAUGGCACACAAUCAAUCUAUGCAACUCUCCUUCUCAGUGGCGUUAGCUGUCUUUUUCUUUUCUUUUUUUUUCAUUUGUAGGAUUCGAAAAGAAAGACUCUUUCCGUGGUAGUACAAAAACCUGCUUCUUCUCAAUUCGUUCGCAUGUUGUCAAGUCAUCACGACGACCCUCCAUUCCGAAACAAUCCUGACGAGUGGAUGAGCUAAAAUUCUUCUUUUUCGUGGUGUGGUUCCAAAAGCAAGUCAUGUAAGGUACAUGAGGUAGUAGAAUUGUUCUAUUCCAAGUGGUUGACGAGGACGACGGAUAUUUUGUCGAGCGAGGCGGGCACAGACAGAACGGCGGCAGGUGUGUACAUGUGAUUUCGCUGUCACUUCCU